UCGGCGAAGGCGACUGGGGCGCGUCUCUGAGGAGCUGGGUGUCGCGCCCCGGGUGGCUCGGUCUCCUCGGGGGACAUGAGGCGCACAGGCCAGGAGGAGGAGGAGGCGUGCGGCGUGUGGCUGGACGCAGCGGCGCUGAAGAGGCGGAAAGUACAGACACAUUUAAUCAAGCCAAGCACCAAAAUGCUAACACUGUUUCCUGGAGAGAGAAAGUCUAAGAUUCCUUUUACUCAAAGAACAACUCCAUCUGCAGGCAUUCGGCAGACCAACAUUACUUCCUUCUUCACCUUGCAGUCAGGAAAAACAAAUGGUGGUGACAAGAGGACUAUUUCAUCUCUUAUAGAGAGUCAGACCAACGAAGGCUCGAAAGCUGUAAAUCCGCUAAUUCAUCCAAUCAAGGGCACAGGGGAUGAUUGCAUGGCGCCCCCUUUAGCCACUUCAACCCCUGCAGACAUCCAGGAAGCUGGGCUUUCUCUUCAGUCCCUCCAGGCUUCUGGUCACCACAGAAUGGGAACCCCAUUUUUGACUGUGCUGUCUUUGUUACAGUCUGACACCUCAGUCUGUGCUGGGGAAAGUAAAGAUUCACUGGCUAGUUCCAUCACCCAAGAUUUGGAAAGUUCUUGUACUCUGGACCAAAAUGAGGGAGAGCAUUCUUCUCAGAAAAGGGAAUGGCUUCAUGGAUAUGAGAAUAAGAACUGUCAGGGUGUGGAGAGACAUAUUAAACCUCUUGGGUGCAAGGACUAUCAACUUCUGGACAGGACUAAAUUGGAAAACGUGUCAAUCAAAGAAAACAGACAGGCCCCUGUUCUUCCAACAUACAGGGAUUCCUGGAGUGGAAAAAACACAGACUCGGUGAAACAAAGCCCUUCUUCCAUCCCUGUGUUUACCUGGGACAGUGAAACCAGUAAGGACUGCUGGAGCCAGCUUUUCACCGAGGAUUCUCAGGGCCAGCGGGUCAUUGCUCACAAUUCUAGAGCUCCUUUCCAAGAUGUAACUAACAUCCAGAAUCAGGGCCUUGGACAGUUUCCUAACAAACUUCAGGCUCAACGCCAGGAUAUGUCCACUCAGUUAAAUCUGCAUCCUGAUUUGCUCUUUACCCAGGAUUCUGAAGGUAAUCCAGUCAUUAGGCACUAAGUUGGAAUGUAUUUAUGAAGGUUUGAUUCUAAAAGCACCUUGGAAUGACAGACGUAAGAAAGUAUCUUGGGGUAGGAGAGUGUGGGUGAGGGAGGCACGGGAUGAAGCUGUCAUUGUUGAGUGUUUUCUUCACGGAAACAAAGUAGGUGGUGAGCAAUGAGGCAGGACAGGUACUUACCUCUCCACUAAUGAGCCCACUACUCGGUUUCCACAGAGCCACCUCUUUGCCCUUUAGAUUGGGCAAAAAAAAAAAGACUGGGGCAUUGUUUCUUAAGGAUGUGUUUUUAAUCUCACGCUGGAAUCUUAGUCCCACAACCUAAACUGGGGGCUUCACUCCUGGUGGCUGUGGGUGAGGCAGCAAAUCUCCUGGGCCCAGAUAUAUGGGGGCAGAGAGCACAGAGAGGUAGGUUAGGAUGAUGGGAGGUUUGGUGGUGAUUUUAUUUUAAAGUCAUACUGUUUAAAUAUCUCUAAAACUAUGGACACUCCAGGUGUGACUAGAUAGAUCACUCUUCUACAAGGCUGGAGAGAACUCCCUUUGUCAAACUGACUCCAAAUAAAUGACUGUUUACAAAGCUGGCUCUGAUGGUAAUUAAAACAUUACCAAUUUUAUUUUUGAAAAAGCAUUUUAAUAGUCUAUGCUUUAUCAUUGUCUUGGACCCAAUCUGAAAAUGAAUCUAAUUUGACCUGUUCUACCUGAUAGGCUACCACUAGGUGGCAGUUUCCCAUGUGCAGGUGUGGUAUGGAAGAGGCUGUAAUUACACAAGCUUUCAAGUUACAAGAUGGAGCUGCUUUAAGAGCAUAGGGCAAAAUCUUUACAUAAAUGGACAAGAGGCUCCCUAGGUAAGUUUUCACUUCUGAAGGUAGGAUCUUGUAAAAGGGAAACCAGGAGCUUGUUUGUAGAAGUUAGUAUACUUUAAAUUAACAGCAGUCUUAUACCUGGGGGCGGAAUAUACUGGGUGAUGACAACUCAGAGAUGGACACAGCAGAUGCAUAUCUCUCCAAAUGCUUUCUUUAAUGUCAGGUAGUGCUUCAACCCACACACACAGGAUACAUACUGUAGAGAAAGGGACCUGAGGGCAUCUGAGUCAUGCAUGGUGUGGUCGGUACAAACCUUGGCCCAAAACCAAAGCAGCAGUCAAGGGCCGGAGGAUGGUAUGCUCUUUCCCUCCCUGUUUCUCUUUCCUGCUGGGCUUAAGCUAAAGUCCAUGAAAGAGAAAGUUUUUUCAAUGAGUGGAACUGAUAAGGCCCCAGGGCCUUGGAGGGUAGAUUUGGUUGUACAGUAUUACAAAAUACAUUUAAGAAAAAAAUAGCCAGGCCUCCCAGCAGCCCUAGUGUCGGCUGGUCCAGUGGCCUGACCUCUACACCUAGGUGUCGAUGGGGAAGAGGGUGAUUGCUGGGUAUUGGUGUCAACUUAUGAUGGAGCAGCGUAAGAUUUCCCCUGCCCUAUGAACAAGUACAUAAAACAGUUAUAGCCCCUUCCCCUCAGCCCUGCUGCAAGGAAGCCACUGAGAGUGAUAGCUGAGCACAAAGUGUCCGGUGAGACCAGUUACGGGAUAUAAUGCAGUGAAGUAAGUCAUUCAUUUAGGACCUAUUUUCACACAGGGAUAAGGAAAAAACCAGAAAUUUCUAUCUCACCCUUUAGAAUGAAACAUUCCAACCAACACAUUUAUCUGUAACAAAUGUCUCAACUCAAAACAGGCCUUAGCUUCUGUUAAAGUCUCACGUGUGGGAAACUUAAUCCAGCUCAUCUUUUUCAGUCCAAGCUCUAGUUUUCAGCAAGACUGUUGCAGAAGAUUUCUAAUAGAGAGGCAGAAACAUCUGCGGUGAGGAAGGCAGCUAUUGAAGGAAUUCCAGGAGCAUGAGACUUGAGUUUGCAGAGCUGAGUGUUGUCAGUUUCCUUUUCUACUGAUAUCUUCUUCCUUCAAAGCAAACUUCUUCCUGAGGACCUCAGAGAUAAGAAUGGCAGGGUCUUCCUCCUUCAGUAAACUCCGAUUCCUGGAGACAAAAUAAUAGCUUAUGUUUAUUACGUAUUUAUUAUGUUCUGAGCAGUGUUCUGUGUCUUUUUAAAAAAGAUUUUGUGCAUACAAGAGCUGGGGUACAGGCCAGAGGUGUAUGUGUGUGGACGGGUUGAGAGGAUUCACCAGAGUAGGGAGGAGAACAGGCAGCUUGACUGAAAUACACUGCUGAGGGGAGCAGUGGGGGAGACAGGAGAGGUCUGCUGCGCCAUGUGGUUUGCGCCCUGGCUGGGGCUCAAACUCUUAUUGCAGUGGCUGCAGAUUGCUUCAUAGGGCUGCGUCUUAACCCCUUGCGCCACCAGGGAGGCCCUGUUCUGUGGCUUUGAAUGCACUACUUCAUCCUAACACCAAUCCUGUAAAGUGAGUGGUUACAAUUCUCUUUCACACAUGAGGAAACUGAAGCACAGAAAGGUUAUACAAUUUGUCUGAAGUCACUAGUCAACCAGUAAGUGGUGACUCCAGAGUCAAAAUCCCAUCUAACUGGUGAUAGAAUGUUUUGCUAUUUCCUGAAAUGGUUAGAAAAAAAUGAACAAAGUAAAGAUCAUCACCCAGUUAAGAGCUGGCCUGGGAUGACUAGACUUCCGUGUCCACCUUCUGCUGAGACCUCUUAGUAGCAUUUACCCAGGUCAGCAGCGCAAGUGACUAAUAACUCCUGGCUAUUCUGACCUUUUUCAGUUCUGGGGAAAAGAUAAGUUAGUAAGAAAUCCUUUACUUCAGGGCGCUGUGAGAUUUUAAUAGGAAAUCUACACUUUAAACAUUCAUGUCAUAAGGUAUCUGUGGGUACAAAAUCAAAUCCAGAUUGGGGUAGGUUCCAAAAUACCUGGUGCAUCAUAGAAGAGCAGCCUAGGUAUCUGGAAAACAGUUGCUUGAAAUUCUAGUGAACUUACAUAUAGCUUCACAAAGGCAUUUUACUGGUCAUUAGGCUAGAUGAGUCCAAGAAUGAUGACUAAACUUUGGGGCCUCCCUGGUGGCACAGGAGUUAAAGUCUCAGGGCUAUCGCCAGCCACUGCAGAAGGUCUAUCUCCAGCCAGGGAACAACUCAGAUGGCGCAACAGACCUCUCCUGCCUCGCCUGUUGCUCCCCUCAGCAGUGUAUCUCAGUAGAUCCACCUGUUCUGCCCCCACUCUGUCUCUGGUGAAUCGUCUUACACCCCCCCCCCACACACACACCUCUGGCCUACACCCCAGUUCUUGUAUGCAUAAGUAAAUAUAUCUUUAUUAAAAAAAUUAUUACUAAACUUUGGAAGCAAAACUAAGAGAAACUAAUGGGGCUAUGCUUCCAUUCUCAGCUCAACCCAGCUGCUAUUAAGGGAGAAGAGAUCUCAGUGCAAGACUGGGAAGAGGGUCUUGGAUUUAAGAUGGUACAAAAUAUAAGUAAAAAAAAAUUGAGAGUUAAUCCGUAAAACACUGACUUGAAGAAAAGGUCUAAGGGCAGCCCUGAACAAGGGGCAGUAGAACCAACCUGGCAAGGAGCAGAGAGGAAGGUGAAAGUGACUUCCCUAAUAUACAUAUGACCAAGAAGCAGUGAGUCAUUUAGUCUUGGCUGGUUUUCAGAGGUGAAUGGGGCCUGCAAUACAACGGGAUUCCUUCCCUAAGACCUCACUUGUGAGAGAGACCGCAUCCCCAUGAUCCCCAAAUAGCAUUAAUCUGCAUUAACAGAGCUGCAUAACCUGGCCUUUGGAGUCUGGGUGUCAAAUGCUUCAUUACUCAGGAACCUGAGUUUGGCAGGCUUCUGGGCUGCUGCAGCCCACCUGGAGAAACACUGCAAGGUGGGGUGACCCCCUCUGGCUGGAGCUCUGUGGCUCCUCUUACACAUGAAUUUCUCAAGGUAAGUAUUUCCCAGAUUCCCUCAGAAUGCCAUCAGAGACACCUAGAAUGCCAUUCCUUGUUUGUGGUGGGGGAGGGGGGUGUGUGUGUAUUUUUUUUUUUUUUUUUUAAGAUUUGUUUAUCCAUACAAGA